AUGGCUGCAUUGCGCGUUCAAGCCUGUAUCAGUCAAUAUCAGACGGAGGCUGCUGAGAACGAUGUUCCUUCGGCUCGGAUAAUCUACUUUAAAGCUGGUAUCCAAUGGGUGAUCAUUAGUGGUGUUGAGGACAAUGGUCUCAUCCUUCCAGAGCAGCUGGACAGCACCCCAGCUCCAUCACUGGUGGGACUGAAGUGGAUUAGGGAACACCUGGUGUCGUUGAUUCAGGACCAUCAGGAGGGCAUCCAUGAUAAGAUAGUGGAGAUUGAUAUGUACACUGACACCCUAGCCUGGUUGAAGAGAGCCAGAGGGGAUGAUCCUUAUUAA